CCAAUGACAAUUUGGAAUGAACGCACUCGUCAUUUCCAAUUGGAGCUCUCCAAUUGUGGAACCAUCGGUUUUCGUUGCUGUUAUUCGCAAUCCAGCGGUUGUCGUGAUCGGAAGCCCUGAAAUCGGAAUUAAUUCUUUUCUAAAACGUGCGUAUUUAUUUCAAUCCGAAGUGGAGUGCAAAGCAUAUACCAAAGAGUUUUACAGCUGUGUGUGUGCAUAAAGGAUAACAAUGUUGCCCAUUCGUUGGGCUUUCGUCGGCAUCGCGCUGUUGAUUGCAGCUACAAAUGGAGCAACCAUAGCGUCAUUAGAUGAAAGCGUGCCGGAAUCGAAUUACGAGGUUGAUAAUGAUCAACUUGAUUUGGAUAGAUCAAAACGAAGCGGGCGAGGAUAUAUGCGUGGUCAGACGCAAUCUCAAUAUCUGAAUUUUGGAAAACCAGAACAGGAUGGCAAAGCUGAAGCAGAGGCUAAUGAACACGGAUCUAGAACAACAGUUUCUGGAAGCCAUGGUAUGGGACAAGCACAGAGUCAAUUCUCAAUGGGAGAUUGCAGUGAUUGUGCAUCAAGUCCCACUUACGAAUAUCCCGCGGGUUCUCCCGAUCCCCUGACUUAUAUUGGCGGUAGUGGUAGGCCAGAUGCUUUAAGAAUCAUACCUGGCGCUGCAGGUACUGCUACAAUUGGUGGUCCAGGAGCUGCUGGCACAUUGAGGCAGGGAGGUGUUUCGGCUCCUGGCGGUGUACAGCCUAGUGGCCCUGGAGGUCUAGGUGCAAGAGGCCCUACUGCUGGGCAACAGCCCGGUGCCGGUUAUGGUGUUGGUACUGUUGGACAGCCUGUUGGACCUGGAGGUGUGGGCGGUAUUGGGCGACAGCCUGGCGCCGGUUAUGGUGUUGGUACUGCUGGACAGCCCACUGGACCUGGAGGUGUUGGCGGUAUUGGGCGUCAACCUGGCGCCGGUUAUGGUGUUGGUACUGCUGGUCAGCCCACUGGACCUGGUGCUGUUGGUGGUAUGGGGCGUCAACCUGGUGCCGGUUAUGGUGUUGGCCCAGGUGGUCAACCCACUGGACCUGGAGCUGUUGGUGGUAUUGGGCGUCAACCUGGUGCCGGUUAUGGUGUUGGCCCAGGUGGUCAACCCGUUGGACCUGGUGGUAUAGCUGGUAUUGGACGACAACCUGGUGGUGGCUACGAAGCUGGUGUUGGUGGUCAACCCAUAGGACUUGCACCCUCAACUCCUGGCGCAGGUGCUGGUGUUCAACCAGGUGCGAUUAUAAGGCCGGGGGCUAGACCUGGUACAUCUUAUGGACCUGGAAUCGGUCAACAAACUGGAACUGGUGGCCCAGGAGCUGGUGGAGGACCUCAAGCAGGAGCUAUUGUGAGACCUGGAGCAAUUUAUGGACAACCAGAAACCGUACAGCCUGGUGGCGCUUUGAGGCCAGGUAGUGGAUAUGGUAUUGGACAAAUUGGUGGUCCUAGAGUAGAAGGAGGCACAAGACCUGGUCAGCAAAUUGGUGGUCAAGUUGUACAUGGUGGUGCGUAUGCUCCCAGUGCUGGUCUUCCUUCUGGUCAACCCGGGACAGGUGUGGUCGGGUCAGUUGCUGAUCAACGACCAGGAGCACUUGUACAAGGUGGUCCACAAAUAACCGGACAGCCAACCUACACAGGUGUUGCUGGCGGUUUACAACCCGAUCAGACCGGUGGACUAUAUGUACCGCAACCAGGCCGUCAACCUGCGCAAAUUGGAGGUGGGGUUGGUGGUGGUGUACCACCCAGUGCUAUUUAUGGGCCUGGUAUAGGUACAACGGUUAGUGCAAGGCCUGGUAGUGGUAUUCAACAAGGUGUAGAUUUAAGUUCGGGUCAAAUUUAUUCCCCCGGUUUGGUACCUAUUACGGGGUCAAGGCCACAAACUGGUAUCGGCUAUGCGCCAGGAACCCCAGGUAUUCAAACUGGUGGCAGACCUCAACCAAGUGGUGUGCAAGCUCCAGGAGUUGGUAUUCCCUCGGGAUCUCAAAUCUACGGCCCCAGUCCAAUCGGUCAAGCACCUGGAUCUGGUCAAGCUGGUAUCCCGACCGGCGGUGUUACACGAGGUCAGCCAACUGGACCAGAUGUAAGCACUCAUCCAUCUGGAUCUUAUUGGCAACCUGGAAGUGGAGUAUCUGGUAUUCCAUCUGUACCUAGUGGAAUUUAUGCCCCAGAUGUCAUUGGAGGUCGGGGAGCUCAACCUGGUGCUGGUUAUCAACCAGGGGUAGGAUAUCAACAAGGUGCUCAAUUACAACCAGGUGCAGGAUAUCAACAAACUGGAGGAUAUCAACCAGGAGCGAGCUUGCUACCUGGUGCAGGUUUGCAACCGGGUGUAGGUUAUCAACCACAAGUGAGUCCUCAACCAGGAGCAGGUGUACAACCAGGUGCUGGACUGCAACCCGGAGUAGGCACAGGUAUAGGAUAUCACCCAGGAGCUGGACAACAACCAGGAGCAGGCUUACAACCCGGAACAGGAUAUCAGCCAGGAGCAGGUUACCAUCCAGGAGCAGGAUAUCAACCAGGAGCUGAACAACAACCCGGAGCAGGCUUACAACCCGGAACAGGAUAUCAGCCAGGAGCAGGUUACCAUCCAGGAGCAGGAUAUCAACCAGGAGCUGAACAACAACCCGGAGCAGGCUUACAACCAGAACCAGGAUAUCAGCCAGGAGCAGGUUAUCAACCAGGGGCAGGUUAUCGACCAGGAGCUGAACAACAACCCGGAGCAGGCGUACAACCAGGAACAGCAUAUCAGCCAGGAGCAGGUUAUCAACCAGGGGCAGGUUUACAGCAAGGUGCGGGAGUAGGUUAUCAACCGGACGCUGGCCUACAACAAGGAGUAGGUUAUCAACCUGGUUCUGGAUAUCAACCAAGUGGAGGAAUACAAACUGGUACGGGUUAUCAACCAAGCGGCGGACUUCAACCAAGUUCAGGUUUACAACCCGGCAUUGGUUCACAAUUGGGAGGAGAUCAGCAACAGGGAACAGGAAGUUAUGGCCCAAUAUUAGGAGGACCUGAUGCUGCUCAACCAGGAAGCAGUCUGCAACCUGGUGGAGGUUAUAUACCAGGACCUGGUGUUAUUUACGGACCAGGUGGUGCUCAGCCUACAGGUGCAGGUCCAGCGGGAACAUACCCCACUGUUCCACAAACGGUGUCAACAUAUGGACAAGCUGGUGGUGAUGGUUCUGGUGCACAGCAAGGUGAUAUCUAUGGACCAGGCACAUUACCUGGCAGCGGAACAUACGGACCUCUUGGAGUUCCAGGAACUGGUUCUACUGGUGUCGGUGGAAUUGGUGGUGCUGGUGUCCUCCCAGGUGGUGUUUCCGUAGGACCAAGCGCUUUAGCAUAUCCUGGAGCUGCCGUCCCUGGCGCGGGAGCUUUGGGUGAGUAUAAGGAAGAAGGACCUGGCAACUUAAUAACAGCAAGUGGCGCAGGAGGAACCGAUGAUGCAUUCUCCCAAGCUGAAUCUUCCAUCAGUGAAGGGCAAGCAGCUGCUAGUGCACAAGGCAAAAAGAAUGGCGGCACUGCCAAAACUCAGGUGUCAGGAACAUAUAGUGCCACUGGAACAUUCAGUGCCAGCGCUUCAACUUCUGACAGCGAUCGCUCAGCCAAUGCCCAAGUGAGUGGAAAUAGUGAUGGAGCAAUGAGUCAGUCUCAAGGACAAGGCGGCGCAGCACAGUCGCAAGCUCAGGUUCAAGUCAACUCGAAGGAUGGAGGCACUAAAGCAUCCUCACAAAGCGGCGGUGUAAUCCAUCAAAGUCAAAGCGAGGUACAAGCUAACGAUAAGGGAGGCUUGGCUGAUUCACAGUCCAGCGGACCUGGCCAAACGUCAUCCCAGGCUCAAAUUGGUUUCCGACCCAAUCAAGAUGGUAGUGCACCACCAACAACGGGAGGUGGUCAAGCAUCUGCUCAAUCUGGUAGCCACUCAGGACAGAGUCAAUCGCAGAUCCAGGGCACAUCCAAAUUCGGUGUAUCAUAUCACGGUGCAGCGCAGUCUGCAUCCGGAACUAAGGAACAAGUUGCAAGCUACCGCGAACAAAAUCGUGAACUAUUCCACAGUAUAAGCCAGUUUGGAAAUAAUGAUGCUGUAACUGAUCGUGUAGACACCGUAUAUAGUGGACCUAGCGGAACAGCAUUGACAGCUGACGGCAACGCUUUACCAGAUCUUGAUUUGAAGUCUUCGAAGAGUGUUAAAGAAAUCGUGAACGCCAACAAGGUUACGGACGAAGAUUCCACCUUAAAUGAAGAUGAAGAAGAGGAACCUUACGAUGAAUACGAUGAUGAAGAUGAAUACUAUAAUGAAAAUUCAAAGUUGGAUAGUCAAACCGGUAACAAACCCGAAUCCCAAUCACCAUAUCGAACCUAUACACAAAAUUCACCGACGCAAAGUCAACAAGCUGCCGUACCCAAUUCGCCUGAUAAAUAUCUAUUAGUACAAAAUCAAAAUGGACGUGUACAGAAAUAUCCCUUCCGAUCGACCACAGAAAUGGUGCCACGUGGCUUCCGCGGCACUGUUAACGUAGAGAAAAAAUUCCACACCAAGGCAGUGAAAUCUCAACCCACGGAUAAUGAUCUAGAUAGUGCUGAAGAGCAGGCGACACCCACGAAACACCGUACACCGGACAGCUAUGUAACAGUGACCAAAUCGAUUACUGGCAGUAUGGAUAAUACUAAGAAUCCACCACAGGAAAAUAAGAAUUUCCAAUCGACAUACUACACCAAGUCAUCGACUUGUGGCUACUUCACAUUUUCCUGCAACAUAGUAUACGGUGCAAAUGGUCGCAGUAAAAUCUGCCGGCCGAAGGCACCAGCCAAUGGAAAAUGUUAGAUUUUUACAUCAUAAUCGAUAAUUUUUCGUAUCAAUAAUAACUUAGUUGUUAAAAUAAGCUGUAGCCUAACUCGAAUGUAUUCUUAAAUUCCUAACAAAAUGUAACAUUUAAACUUACUUAAGUCGGAUUAAUUGUUUGCCACACAAUGAAAGCAUUAAAAGGGUGCCUUGAGCACACGCCUCAAGUCCCCAAUGUCGUAACUAAUAGUAUAUUUUGCAUACUUACUAAUUAUAAUACACUGCCACAGAAAGACCCGAUAAAUAGAAAUGCCAAAAUGCUUAUUGAUAAUUUUUUAAUAAAUGUAAUUGUUAUUUUUUAACACA